AUGAUUGGAUUUUAAGAAUAGAUGUUAGAAUUUAAAUUUUAUCAAUUCUAAAAAUAUAUUUCAAGCUUUUCCUUUUUUUCCUUUUUUAAACUUAUCAUAAUUAAUAUUGCCAAGAAAGCAAUUUAUGUUGCCAACACAGAGUCAAACGCUAAUGACAUUGAGGGUUCCAAUUUCGAAGUGGAGGUAUUUGGUAUCCUAUUUACGACUUACCAAAGUGACAUUGAGAAGACAACUCUUUCUUUCUUUCUUUCUUUUUUUUUUUCUUCAUAAUUUUCUAUUCAAAGUCACUUACUGGGUGGGUGAGUAUUUACCUGACUUUUUUUUUUGUUUUAAUUAAGGAAAGAUUAAAAAAAAAAAAAAAGAAGAAGGAAGUAGAAAAAGACUGUUACAUGCUUAAUUUUCCUCAACAAAUACAAUCAAAGUCAAUCAAUUUUUCCCAUUGACCUAAAAGAAAAACUCAAAAGCUUUAGACUUUUAUUGACUUCAAACUUCUCUCUUAAAUUCCUCACCAUAAUUUUAUACAUCUCUAAACUUUCCUUUACCAAAUAAGACUCUCUCUCACCCCACCUCCUUUCUGUUUAAUCUGAUUGUCUUCUUCAAAACUAUUAUACUCAAGUUAUUUACAAAGGGUCUGUUAUCAUAAUUCUGAGAGAUAAAUAUGGGACUUAAGGAUCUUCAUCUCAAGCUCAAGGCAUUUCGGCUUAAACGUUUUCUCAUAAGAGAUGGAGGCAAGAAAAGAACGUCUAAUAUGACAAAGAAGCCAUCAUGGGCGAUGCCAAUAUUUCAUGGCUAUCAUGUUGUUGAGGAUCAGUCCUUUGGAGGAGGCUCAGAUUAUUCAAAUUCCGCUUCAGUUGUAGUUCAAAGAGAGCAAAUUCAGGAGCUGGAGUUGUGGCUUUUCGGUGUCUUUGAUGCUCGAAUUGGCGAUGGAGUCACCAAGUACCUCCAAUCCCAUCUGUUUGAUAGAAACCCCAAAGAGUCUCAAAUAAGAAGAAAGAGUAAAGAGACAAUGAGGAAAGCUUAUCUCGGAGCGAGAGCGAAGAUCAAGGAGACGACGAAAUCAGAAGAUGAGACAUGGAGAGUGGGUUCAGCAUCUGUGAUGGUGAUUAAUGGCGAGAAACUUGUGAUAGCCAAUAUGGGUGACUAUAGAGUUGUGGUUUGCAGAGAUGGUGUGGCUCAUCAGGUGAGGAGUAAGCACCAGGAAACAACCAAAAGACACUGGUCUCGCAGACUCUUUCCUGGCAUGUUGGCACUGAAAUUCAGCAAAGCAGGAGGCAGUAAAGAGUCGAAAGGCUCGGAGCUUGUGAUUGGAGCAGAAAAGAUUGACAGUGAUACUGAAUUUGUCAUCAUAGCAAGCACUGGCAUAUGGGAGGUACAGAGGGAGCCGAGAGCUGUUCAUGGCAUAAUCCUCAUGCUGUAA